AGCCACCAGAGAUGAGUACUAGAGGGGAGACACGAUGAAAGGGUUGCUUGGGUCCUUUUUCAUUCUUGUGUGUAUCACCCAAGAUGUAGUUACUGGGUCUGUGGUCUCUCAGCCUGACCAAGUGAUCAUUUCUUGGCUGGGUGAGACUGUGACGGUGGAAUGUAUGACACUGAAAGACAGUAACGAGUAUGUAUUUUGGUAUCAGCAGAGAUUAGGACAGAUGCCAAGGUGUAUAUGCAUGGCACGGAAAAAUACAGAUCCCAACUAUGUUGGUGAGUUUAAAGACUCACACAUCUCAUGUCAGACAACAGAAGGAGGAUUUGAUCUGAAAAUCAGAAACAGCACUCGGUCAGAUGAAGCCUCAUAUUACUGUGCCACCAGAAACAGGGCCUUUCUGGAUUUUGCAGAAAGAACUUUUGUAAGAAUCAAAGACGAGACACAGCAGAUCUCCAAUGCAGUGACAGUGAUCCAAUCUCCGACACAAGACCCAGUUCAUUCUGUGGACUCAGAACCUCUUCAGUGUCCAGGAGUAAGGGAGACCAGAACAGAAGAGCUCAGUUUGUACUGGUUUGGACCUGCUUCAAGAGAUUCCCAUCCAGGACUUAUUUAUGCUUACAGAAACAGAAGCAGUACUUGUGAGACUAGCUCCAUGCUGAAGUCUAUGCAUGAGCUACCUACAAGCAAUGACAGCAAUGCUGCAACCUUCUACUGUGCUGUGAAGACAUGUGGACAGAUAUUGUUGGGGAAUGGCCCAACACGUCAAACUAGUAAGAUAUUUCAACUGUUUCUCAAUGUCUGA